AAGUAUCCAGAGCCUCUUGCUUGCACAUCAGCUCCCUGUGAAGUUAGAGCCCCGCAAAAUUCUCAAAACAACUUGUUGGAAAUGUGGCCUCCUCACCUUUAAAGGAAAGACAUCAAGAGUGGCCGCAGGUGUGAGUUUGCCUGUCUUCUCCCUACUCCAGCACAGGGAGGGACACGAUGGGCUUUGGGAAUUUUUGGAGGAAUUUCUGGAAUUAUGAGACACCAAAAAUGAUUGUGGUGAAGAAUCAUAACUUAGGCAUCAUUUACAGGCUGAUCCAGCUCCUGAUCCUGGUUUACUUCAUCUGGUAUGUGUUUAGCAACCAGAAGGGCUACCAGGAGUGUGAGUCCAGUCCAGAGAGCUCCGUCAUCACCAAAGUCAAGGGAGUCACCCUUUCACGGCACAAGGUGUGGGAUGUGGAAGAAUAUGUGAAGCCCCCAGAGGGAGGGAGCGUCUUCAGUAUCAUCACCCGUGUUGAGGCUACCCCCUCUCAGACACAGAAGACCUGCCCGGAGAACUUGAGGGCGUCCUGCAGUUCUGACAGUGAAUGUGCCAUGGAUAAGGUUGAGAUGCUGGGGAAUGGAAUGAAGACAGGGCGCUGUGUCCCCUACAAUGUCACCAAGAAGACCUGUGAGGUCAUGGCCUGGUGUCCUGUGGAGAACCAGGCAACUUUCAGUGAGAGUUUGGCAACGAUGGCUCCAGAGUUCACCAUUCUGAUCAAGAACAGUAUCCACUUCCCUCAUUUUCAUUUUUCCAAAGAGAACAUCAAGGACAACAGGGAUGGCUAUCUGAGGAACUGCACUUUCAGUGAAACCACAGAUCUUUACUGCCCCAUCUUCAAGCUGGGCUUCAUUGUGGAACAGGCGGGUGAGACCUUUGCUGAACUGGCUGAAAAGGGUGGGGUGAUCGGUGUGAUCAUUAACUGGAAUUGCAACCUUGACUUGCCGGACUCCGAGUGCAACCCCAGAUACUCCUUCCGCAGGCUGGACCCCAGGUGGACCCAGGUCUCCUCUGGCUACAAUUACAGAUUUGCAAAGUAUUACCAGUAUGGUGGAAGAAGCACACGCACCUUGAUAAAAGCCUAUGGAAUCCGCAUUGAUGUCAUAGUGCAUGGACAGGCCGGGAAAUUUAGCCUUAUUCCUACCAUCAUCAACCUGGCCACAGCCCUCACAUCCAUUGGAGUGGGGUCCUUCCUCUGCGACUGGAUAUUGCUGACUUUCCUGAAUAAGAACAAGGUGUACAGCACCCAAAAGUUUGACCAGGUGUCAAAGGGUCCCGAGGCCUCUGUGAGAGCUGAACCCCAUACCACCAAUUCCGGCCCCGAGACGUUCUCCUUGGCAGGCCCCAAAGCCCCCAUCGCCCUCUGA